AGCGCACAAGCGGCGGUGCCGGCGGAGCCAGCUGCUGCUGCUGCUGCUGCUGCUCCGGGGCUCUCUCUCCGGCGCCCCCCCUCCUGCCGGGGCCCCCAUGGGCGGGCCCUGCCCACUGCCCCCCUAGGCGGCCGCCUCCCCCCAGCGCCGGCGGGCGGGGGGAGGGCGGAGGCCGGGCUGCCGGGCGCCCCCAAACUUUUGCCUGCCUGCGCCUCGCCUGCUCUAUGGAGUUGCGCCGGGCACUGGCCGGCAGCCUGCUGCUGCUGCUGCCGCUGCUGCUGCUGCCGCCCGCGCCGGGCCGGGGCCACCCGCAGCCCUGCCACAUCCUGGCCCGGAUCGGGCACACCGUGCGCCUGGGCGCCCUCCUGCCCCGCGGCGCCGGGGCGCAGCAGAGCCGGGUGCGCAGCGCCCUCGCCCGGGCCAGCCGCGCCGCCGCCGCCGCCCUGCCCUACAACCUCAGCCUGGAGGUGCUGCCCGGCGCGCCCCAGCACCGCGACCCGGCCUCGCUGGCGCGCUGGCUGUGCCAGGCGCUGGUGGUGCGAGGCGUGGCCGCCGUGCUCGCCUUCCCCGCCAGCCGCCGCGAGCUGCUCCAGCUCGACUUCGCCGCCGCCUUCCUGGAGAUCCCCUUCGUCAGCAUCGUCCAGCGCCAGGAGGAGGAGGAGGAGGAGGAAGAGGAGGGGGAGGAAGGUGCCCAGCAGGAGCCCCCUAUGCCCUUCAGGGCGCGGAACCCCUUCCACCUACAGAUGUACCGGAGCAGUGACUUCGAGACCCUCCUGGACCUGUGGGCCAACAUCUUCCGCUCCAACAACUGGCACGAGGUCACCCUCCUGCUCUGCCACGCCUGGGACGUCUCCGGCUUCUUGGACACCUGGACCAGCCACGCCGACCUGGAGAGGCCGGACGUGGUCGACCUGAGCUUCCUGGAGCAGCCGGACUUUUCUGGCCGCCUCCGCCAGCAGCUGGAGCGGUUCCGAGAUCUGUCCGGCCCGGCCUUGCUCUUCGGGUGCGACAGCCACCUCUCCCAGCUGGUCUUCCAGAUGGCCAAGGAGCUGGGGGUGGCCCAGGAGUUCCACUGGGUCUUGGGGCAGCCCCAGAACGUGGACGAGCUGCAGACGGAGGGGCUGCCCCUCGGCCUCUUGGCCUACGGGGAGGUGGAGAAGCCCUCUCUGGAGCAGUUCAUCCAGGACGCCCUGGAGCUGGUGGCCCGCGCCAUUUCCCAGGCAGUGUACAUCCGGCCGGAUCUGACCCUCAUCCAGAGCAUGGUGAACUGCAACGACAAGCACGUGGUCGGCUCGGAGUCCUCCGGGCGCUACCUCUCCCAGUUCUUGGCCAACACGUCCUUCCGGGGACAGACGGGCGACGUCUACGUCCUCAACACGUCCCGCGUCCACACAGAUCACCGCUACAAAGUCUGGAGCCUGCUGAGGGACUCGGUGGGCCAGCCGACGUGGGUGACUGUGGGGAGCUGGCAGGGGGGCGAGAUGGAAGCCGAGGAAGGGACGUGGCCCCAGCACCUGCAGCGGAAGAGCCAGGCGGAAGGCGGCGGCGGUUUCUCCCGGAUGAAACUGCGGGUGGUGACCUUGGUGGAACAUCCAUUCGUCUUCACUCGGGAGGUGGACGAGGAAGGGAACUGCCCGGCCGGGCAGCUGUGCCUGGACCCCCGCACCAACGACUCGGCCGUGCUGGACGCCCUCUUUGAGGAGCUCAACUCGGAGAACGGCUCGGUGCCCAUCGACUCCCGGAAGUGCUGCUACGGCUACUGCAUCGACCUCCUGGAGAAGCUGGCCGAGGACCUGCCCUUUGAUUUCGACCUCUACAUCGUGGGGGACGGGAAGUACGGGGCGUGGAAGAACGGGCGCUGGACGGGGCUGGUGGGGGACCUCUUGAGUGGCACCGCCCACAUGGCCGUCACCUCCUUCAGCAUCAACUCCGCCCGCAGCCGGGUGAUCGACUUCACCAGCCCCUUCUUCUCCACUAGCCUGGGCAUCCUGGUGAGGAUCCGGGACACGGCCUCCCCCAUCGGGGCCUUCAUGUGGCCGCUGCACUGGACCAUGUGGGUGGGCAUCUUUGUGGCCCUCCACCUGACCGCCCUCUUCCUCACCCUCUACGAGUGGAAGAGCCCCUACGGGAUGACCCCGCACGGCCGCAACCGGAUGAAGAUCUUCUCCUACUCCUCGGCACUCAACCUCUGCUACGCCAUCCUCUUCGGGCGCACCGUCUCCAGCAAGACCCCCAAGUGCUGGACCGGCCGCUUCCUGAUGAACCUCUGGGCCAUCUUCUGCCUCUUGGUCCUCUCCAGCUACACGGCCAACCUGGCCGCCGUCAUGGUGGGCGAGAAGACCUUUGAGGAGCUCUCGGGCAUCCACGACCCCAAGCUGCAUCACCCGUCGCAGGGCUUUCGCUUCGGCACGGUCUGGGAGAGCAGCGCUGAGGAAUACAUCAAGAAGAGUUUCCCAGACAUGCACGAGUACAUGCGAAGGCACAGCGUCCCCACCACCCCCGCCGGGGUCACCAUGCUCAAGCUACGGAAUCGGCCUCCCCCAGAACUCGCACCUGACCUCCAACAUCUCCGAGUUCAUCAGCCGCUACAAGUCAGCUGGUUUCAUGGACCUGCUGCACGACAAAUGGUACAAGAUGAUACCCUGCGGAAAGCGCGUCUUCGCCGUCACCGAGACUCUGCAGAUGGGGAUCUACCACUUCUCCGGGCUUUUCGUGCUGCUCUGCAUCGGGCUCUGUGGGUCCCUGCUCACCUCCCUGGGAGAGCACAUCUUCUACCGCCUCAUUCUGCCUCGCAUCCGGCGCAAGAAGAAGUUCAACUAUUGGCUUCAUACCAGCCAGAAAAUCCAUCGGGCUCUGAACAUGGGUUUGGAGGAACAGAGGAGAAAGCAGCUAAAUCUGGAGAAAAGGUGCAACAUCCAGAAGAGCCCAGAGGAACCUCCACUGCCGGAGCCGCCUCCGAACCAGCCGGGCUGGAACAAUCUCCGCCGGGCGGCCGUGAAGAAGGAGGACAAGCGGGUGCACUUCAACAUCGAGAACGCGCCGGAGGCGGCGCCGGAGGACGAGCGGGAAGCCCCCGUCUGGCACUGCAUGAACGGGCAGCACCCGGCCCAGGGCCGCCAGGAGGCCCAAGAGACGGAGCUGAAGGCGCUGGAGAGCCAGAUCGAAGCCAUGCGGGAGCAGCUGCGGGCCGCCCUGGUGCGGAAGAGCGAGCUGAUGGUGGCCCUGGGGCCCCCGCCCAAGGCGCCCCGCCUCCCGCCGGCCCUGAAGGCCCUGAUCAAGGAGAGCAACCAGGACAGGUGAUCGCAGCCCGGCGGCCCGGUGGGGACGGACAAGACCCCGCCCCGGGGGUGGGGGGGGCGGGGGCUUCCGUUUUCGAACCCAGAGCGGGGCGCCUUUUGGAAGGACUCGGGUCAGACCCCCACAGAGGUAGGCUGCUGGAGCGCGGCCACGGAGGGCGGCAGCACCGUUGGCCAGCGGGGGGGUUCAAGGCCGACGGAGGCGCGUCGGCCCUCCCUAGGGCUGCCGCGUUAGGAGAGGCUGAUGGACUCGGGUCUUCCUCCCCCUGGCCCCACCCAGACCACCCUUCCCUGGCUAAUUUUUUGUGGGCGCCCCUUCUUGGCAUGCAAUAGGUUCCGGGUGCAGUCUUCCAAGGCUGCUGCCCGUCAGAGUUGGCAGUCUCGGGUUGGAUGGGCCGGAGGCCAGGCUCAGUUGGCAGCAGCUUUGUACGUUGCUGUUCGGCAGGUGCUAACGCUUCAUCUUCAUCCACCGAUAAUUUUGGCAGAGCAAGGUGCUGUUGGAAAGCACAGGGGCAGGUUUGAGUGGCCACUUGGCAACCCUACACAGUUCCCCUCCGGUGCUUCUCCUGCACAAGCACCCCCUGAAAUGAAGAGCUGCUCAAGAGGAGGGCAGGGGGAAGCCAGAGCUUGGUGGUGGAGCAUAUGCACAAGGUCUUGUGUUUGCUAGGCUUUGGGGAACUGGGCUGAGAAAGGCUUUUCCAUUCCUGAGACCUUGGAAAGCUGCUGCCAGUCAGAGUUGAUCCAUCUGGGCUGGAUGGCCUGACUCUAUGCGGCAGCAUCGUAUUUUCGAGGGAGGAUCCACAGCUUUGGAACAUCUGCUUUGCCUGCAGAUGGUCCCAGGUUCAGGCCUUCUAGCUAAAGGAGCCUAGAAAACAGGGCUGGGAAAUGGCCCUCUCUCUCUGCCUGGGACCCUGGAGUGCUGCCGCCAGUCAGAGUAGACAGCCCUGCACUAGAUGGACCAAGGGCUUGACCCAGGAGGCAGCAGCUUCCUAUUUUUUCUUUCUUUCCUUCCUGGCUGGAUUCCAGCACCUUCCCCCAGUUUAUUAUUUAUUGAUUUGGGGGGCUGGGCUCUUCUGACUCUUGAGUAGGACUGCGGGUUGGUUCUACUGAGGGAUUGCACGGGUAGUUCUGCUCAGAUUGUACUAAAGAAGAAAGAGCAGGUAGACCAAAUACGCAGGUAGACUUUUAUCCCUCCCUCUCCUGCUGCAGUUCAAAAGGGGCAUGUCACUUUCCCUUAAGGCAGGGGGUUCUCUAACUUGCCUCCUCAGAUGUGGUUGGACUACAAGUCCCAUCAUCCCCAGCCACAGUGGCCAAAGGCUGUUGUGGCGGGGGGUGAUGGGACAUGUAGUCUAAGAACCCAAGUUGGAGAACCCCUGCCUUAAAUCAAAGGAUUAUCUUGCAAACCCAGAUCGACCUGGCCGCUUGGGUUUAGCAAAGGUUAGUUUUGCUUGGCAGCUGAGGUUUAGCAGAGGUUAGCUUAGUAGCCUUCUAAAAAGGGGAGGGGCUCACACAGAGCGCCAUUAUGAUCUUGGCGCUCAGGCUGAACAACGCUGACUUGCAGGCAACCCUGCUUUUAACGUGCAGCUCCGUUUGAGCAAAGUUAGGUUAACUAACCUGCCAGUGAGGGGAAGGGGUUUGUGUGGAGCUCUGCUUUUAUCUAGCAGCUCAGGUUGGGCUUGUAUGGUGCUUCAUUUUGCUCCAGCAGCUCAGGUUCUGGAAAGCUUUUUCAAAACUAGGGUGCAGGGAAAUGGUGGUCUUGCCAAGUGCUUUGCUUUGAUGGAGCAGGAUUAUAGGAAGAGAAAGCGACAGCUCCAUUUACCUCAGUUUAUGACAAGCCGCCCACCUCCCUCUAAGCAGCUUAGGUUUAGCAAAGCUUAGCUUUGAUGGAGCAGCUCAGGUUUAGCAAAGGUUCGCUUGACUACAUUGCUCAGUGAUGGUGACUUUUGCACACAAAACAGGUUGCAUGUCUGUUUUCCACAGAAUAUAAUGCUUCCGGUGCGGGUGUGGGUGGGUGUGUAUGGAGUGGGCCAAUAGAGCUGUGUAUCACCACAAAGAGUGGAUUCAUAGUUUAUUUAAUUAAAAAACAAAAACACAGCUGCACAAACAAAAUCCACCUGUAUUGGCAAAGCAUAGCUGUGCAGCCAUCACUUGUGCGUGGCACAUGUGCACAAUUCACAAGGGCCAAAUCUCCCUCCAGCAAACAAAGAUGCAGUGAUAGUCCCCGCUGAUUUAUGAUGGGGGCAUUCUCGCUUGCCAGUCACAAUUGAUGGCUCUGCCCACAGGCUUUUCAAGCACACUUUGUACCUACCUGGGGGGGGUCCCCCCCGCCUCUGUCUGUCCAAUUUAUGGCAAAGCAAAGAGGGCAGCACACAGCCUCCUCCGAGUAACAAGGUAAAGUGAUUUACUACAGGAACCGGAAAAAUCUCAUUGGAAAAGCUCAGCAUGAGACACAGCCCUGCACGUCCUGCCCUCAUGAUGUGCUCUGGGCAAAAACAAAAACAAAAAAUGGUAUAUAAAUAGUCAAAACGGUUUUUUUCUUCUUCUCACGAGCUGGUCUGAGCCUUUUCCGAUUUAUCCUUGGGAUAGCCUCUGCCUGAGACUUAUAAUUUCAUCUGGGAGAAAUGGUGGAAGAUAGACACAGGCAAGAACCAAGAUAAGUACAUAAAAAUUAAAGGUCUCUUUUUAAAGAGGAGGCCCUUUUCGGUCUGUUGCCUGGCUGAUGUGUGCGCAAAACACUGGUUCGUCGUCCCUUGCUUGCUGGACUUGAUGCAAAAUGUUGGGGGACCCACGUGCUCUGUCCCCCAAGACCCUAAAUGGACAAUUCAGUUGCCUAAACCAAGGGUUCCCAACCUGGGGUAUUCUGGGGCUGCUCUGGGAAGAGCAGAAGAAGGUUCCCAGUUCCCAGUUCCCUCCAUGGCAGCAUCUCCAAGAUAGGGCUGAGAGAGACUCCUGCCUGCAACCUUGGAGAAGCCGCUGCCAGUCUGUGAAGACAAUACUGAGCUAGAUAGACCAAUGGUCUGACUCAGUAUAUGGCAGCUUCCUAGUUUAGAGAGGAGAGCUGGUCUUGUGGUAGCAAGCAUGACUUGUCCCCUUAACUAAGCAGGGUCUGCCCUGGUUGCAUAUGAAUGGGAGACCUGAUGUGUGAGCACUGGAAGAUAUUCCCCUCAGGAGAUGGAGCUGCUCUGGGAAGAGCAAAAGGUUUCAAGUUCCCUCCCGGGCAGCAUCUCCAAGAUAGGGCUGGGAGAGACUCCUGCCUGCAACCUUGGAAAAGCCACUGCCAGUCUGUGAAGACAAUCCUGAGCUAGCUAGGCCAAUGGUCUGACUCCGUAUAUGGCAGCUUCCUGUGUUAGAUGUGGCUGAACUACAUCAUCCACAGCUUGUAGUUCAGCAAAAUCUGGACUAACCCAGGUUGAGAACCCCUAGAUUUAAAAGCUCUUUUAAAAAAAGGUCUGUUUUUGUCUAAAAUAGAUCUUAUUUAUCUGUUUAGCAACAGAGACCCCAAGAACUAGACACAAGCCAGAGCUGAGGUACUCCCGAUGGGGUUUGGUUUAAAAAAAACAAACAAACAUUAAACUCCCUGUGUCAUAUGGAUUUUAAAAAUCAUGUUUCAGAAAUGUUUGUUCAAGGAAUGUAGAGGUCCAAAGCAGUGUACCCAGAUGUUAGUCUACAAUUCCCAUUAUCCUCAGUUGCAAUGGUGUUUGGCCACUGCCGCUGGGGAUUGUGGGAGUUGUAGUCAACAUCUGGGAGUGUCUCUUCACUGGUCCAAAGACCUUCAGGGUAGGACCGACUAAUUGCCUUCAUCUUUGGAUCCCAGUGGCUUUCUGUUAGAGACGGACAAAAGCACGCCCAGGCAUAGUUGCUUUUCUUCUCUUCACUUCUUUGUUUUAAUCUGCACCCUGUUGCUGCUCGAUUGUUUCAUUCCAUUGCUCCUUCCCAUGUUAAGAGUUCAAAGCAGGGAACCUCUUGCUUGUGUUUUGCACAACUGCUUCCCAUUUUGAGAUUUAUUUAUUUUUUUAUUGGGCUGCAGACCCAAAAUGCCUCCUGUGCACACGUGAAACUGAAUUCAGAAGUUGACCAGGGUUGGCUUUACUGAAGCCGUAAUGUGUAGUUUUGGAACCAUGCUGGUUAGACACACCAUCUCUCGCACCUGUUUCCAAAGACUGCUUAUAGCUGUGGUCCUCUGCAAUCCCCGGAAAAGAGCAGGGCUUACUUCUGCAGAAAGAUGCCUAGAAUUGGGCUGUUGCCCCGGUAUUUGAAAUAAAGAGUAGAGAAGAUUUCACAAAUCAGGUGCUUUGCCUUGGAAAAUACAGCUAAGCACACCUGUUUUAGCAAGUGCUUAUAGGGCUGCUACCCUCUUCAAUAAAUUCUAGUAGAUUAAUCAGCUGUUAAUUAAAUCUACACUUGACAACGCUGGCAUUCAAGGAGAAAAGCAUGUAUGAUAGAAGCCUCUUGCACUCCCAGGAGAGAAGUAGGGAGAGGCGUUCUCUCCUGUGAGAGCGUGGCACUCGUUAAGAUGGUGCUUGCCCUAAUUUGUUAAUUGAAAGUAAUUAACAUGCUUCUAGAUGGGAGGAAUGUGUUAUAUUGCUUUUUUUUUUAAAGCCAUUUUUUUAAAAAAAGGAUUCUAAAUUAGUCUAACUCAUUAAAAGUUAUAACCCUGCUUUUGAAACCAAAACUGUUUCCCUGUCUCGUUCCAGUCUGGAAUUUCACUAGCUUGAUAAGUUUGCUGGUGGGAGUCCAAUUGCAAUGGAGCAGGUCUCGGAGUAGCUCCUGAGCAGUAAGGUAAAGGGUGCCGUCAAGUCAGUGUGGAUUCCUGGCACCCACAGAGCCCUGUGGUUGUCUUUGGUAGAAUCCAGGAGGGGUGGACCAUUGCCUCCUCCCGCACAGUAUGAGAUGAUGUCUUUCAGCAUCUUCCUAUACCGCUGCUGCCCAAUAUAGUACCAGCGGGGAUUCAAACCGGCAACCUUCUGCUUGUUAGUCAAGCAUUUCCCCGCUGCGCCACUUAAAGUGACAUUCCUGAGCAGUACCACCGAGGAAUUUUGGCAGGUUAGCUGCUGGCCCCAGUUCUAAUCUCAGUAUAGGGAUAGGCAUAUUUUAAUUCUGCUCUUAUAGGGCAGCAAUCCUGGUUGCACACUGACCUGUUCAGUCCCACUGGGUGCUACUUCAGAGGAGUCCCAGGGAGUUAGCCAUGCCGCUGCUGUCCAGUUUCCCGUCUUGGGGGAGUGCUCUGAAGGGCCAUAACUCUGUGGUAGAGCCCCAAACAGGACAAGGGUCUUUCCUAGCCCUGCCAGGGGGUUGGACCACCUGGGUCCCACGUUCAGUCCUUGGCAGGGCUGGGAAAGGCCCCCGCUUUGCAACCCAGGAGGGAUUCAAGCCUGAGCAAGAGGGACCAAAGACGGACUUGGUGUGAGGCAGCUUCCUACGUCUGGGGGGGGGGGGAAGUAACCGGUUCUAGAGUGAAAGUGCAAAUUCUCGGCUGAUGUUUUGAAACUGUGCUGGCUUAGAAAUCAGAGCUCUUCCAAGGUGGAUUCCUCCCAAAGUACAGGUAUAUUCCCACCCCCGGUGCAAAUAAAGGCUUUGCAAUGGUGGAUUUUAAUCAGGAAAAGGGUGAUGGGGCGGCAUUGCCUCUUCCGUUCCCAGCGUCACAAUCCUGAAUGGGGCCUACAGGGGCUUCCUCAGGGAUGAGGAUUCAGAGCCUGGAGAAGUUGUAAUGGGCGCAGGCAGUAGCAAAUAUCUUCCCACCCAAGCUUCCUUCCCACCUUGGCACUGGGGGGAGCAGGAAGUGCCCUGGACCACCCCGGGACACACUGGGAGGAAGGCUGAGGUUCCGUCCUCCCACUUGCCCUGGCGAGCCAAAAGCAGAUCUCCUGCUAGGUGGAACCUCCACGUUCAGAGGCAGCCUACCACUGAAUCCCAGUGGCUUCUUGCCUUCAUGACCUGUUUGUGGACUUCCUGGAAGCCAGAGCAGGGAUGGGCAAACUUGGCCCUCCAGUUGCUGCCGAACGACCACAAUAAGUUAGUUGUUCCUGUGGGUGAGGUUAGUAGUUCAAAAACAGCUGGAGGGUAGUUUUUGCCUGCCCCUGCUCUAGAAAGUGCUUGGGUUGGGUGCAGCCGCUAGGCUCUUGUGUUCUAACCAGAGCAAAACACGGGACAGGCAGCUCCCAGGGAAAACUUGAGUUUUCUGCAGAAGACACCAAACGACUUCACUUCCUCUUGUCCAGCAUUAUGGAUUUCUCAGAAGUAUCUGUCUGCUUUGCCACCCCUCGCCCCAACCCCAAGAAACUCCCCAAAAGGACAAGGAGCGACACGUCAGAUUCUGUAUUCUAGUACAUAAACACACACAUUUUGUAUAUUAAAAAUAACUCUACUCUUCAA